AGGUUUACAGAGGGCACAGCUGGUUUGAUGCCCGCAGCUGCACAAUGGAGCUAUCUGACUCAGUCACACAUAGGAACGGGCGGCAGAGGAAGCCUGCUGUCCCCCAGGGAGACAUGAGGGACGAGAAUAGGGUUCUCAACACCACCCCUGACCUGGAAGAGGAGGGGGAAGCCCUGCUCCAAGGAUCCGACACGGAGAACAACGGACAUGAAAGUGUGCGGCCUGGGAUCAGAGAGGAGCUGGGGAACGUGUCUCUGCUGCUCUUCCUUUAUGUCCUCCAGGGCAUCCCUCUGGGCCUGGCUGGGAGCAUCCCUCUCAUUCUGCAGAGUAAGAAUGUCAGCUACAAGGACCAGGCCUUCUUCAGCUUUGUCUUCUGGCCCUUCAGUCUCAAGCUGCUGUGGGCCCCUCUGGUCGACGCGCUCUACCUGACCAGGUUUGGACGCCGGUAAGACAAUUAUUUAUAAGGCUGAUAUGUUUACUUUAUGUAUUAUAUUGUGUCUGAUGUUUUGACUGUUGCAGUCAAAUGAGUCAAAGCCUUAUCUCAUGUCUCCCUCUCAGGAAGUCGUGGCUGGUUCCCACCCAGUACCUGCUGGGUCUCUUCAUGCUGUACCUGUCGGUUACCGUGGAUACGCUGCUGAAAAGUGACGAGGGGCGGGGCCCCGAUGUGGUAACCCUGACUGCAGUGUUCUUCAUGCUGGCCUUUCUGGCAGCCACCCAGGUAACACACACACACACACACAAACACACACUCCAAGUUAUGGUGAUAUAUAACUCUGUUAUUUUCCCAUCCCUGAUCCCAGGACAUAGCAGUGGAUGGCUGGGCUCUGACUAUGCUGUCUCGGGAGAACGUGGGCUACGCCUCCACCUGUAACUCUGUGGGACAGACUGCUGGCUACUUCCUAGGCAACGUGCUCUUCCUGGCCCUGGAGUCAGCUGACUUCUGCAACAAAUACCUGAGAGCAGAGCCUGAAGAGACUGGCAUCGUUACACUGUCAGGUAGGGAGGGAGAGACUGGCAUCGUUACACUGUCAGGUAGGGAGGGAGAGACUGGCAUCGUUACACUGUCAGGUACGGAGGGAGGGAGGGAGGGAGAGACUGGCAUCGUUACACUGUCAGGUAGGGAGGGAGGGAGGGAGAGACUGGCAUCGUUACACUGUCAGGUACGGAGGGGGGGGGGAGAGACUGGCAUCGUUACACUGUCAGGUACGGAGGGAGGGAGGGAGGGAGGGAGGAAGGGAGAGACUGAUUGAUUGAUUGAAUAUAUUUGACAAUUUGUAAAAUACAUACAUAAGGGUGCUCCAGCCGGUGAAGCCUCCACAUACAAUUUAAGAAAAUCGGAUAACACAAUAAAGCUUAAUAGCUUAUUUCCAUUGUGGUCCUUUUGAAGAGGGAAGGGGGAAGGGGGAAGGGGGAACGGGGAACGGGGAACGGGGAAUGCAACAAGGUUGGGCGGUAAUUGUAAUGGCAACAGACAAUGACAGACACAUUUUUCUGUUUGUUUCAUAACAUGAGAUAAUUAGUACAAUUUCCUUUCCUAAUGAACAACUAUGGACAUGUACUCCCUUGUCUCACAUACCCUUAAUAUAUAAAACAAUCAAUCCCUAAUCUAUACAAGACAAUCACCAUAUAAUAAACAACAGGCACCAAAAGGCAUCGUUACACUGUCAGGUAUGGAGAGAGGGAGGGAGGGAGAGACUGGCAUCGUUACACUGUCAGGUAUGGAGAGAGGGAGGGAGGGAGGGAGAGACUGGCAUCGUUACACUGUCAGGUAUGGAGAGAGGGAGGGAGGGAGAGACUGGCAUCGUUACACUGUCAGGUAUGGAGAGAGGGAGAGAGAGAGGGAGGGAGGGAGAGACUGGCAUCGUUACACUGUCAGGUAUGGAGAGAGGGAGGGAGGGAGAGACUGGCAUCGUUACACUGUCAGGUAUGGAGAGAGGGAGAGAGAGAGGGAGGGAGGGAGAGACUGGCAUCGUUACACUGUCAGGUAUGGAGAGAGGGAGGGAGGGAGAGACUGGCAUCGUUACACUGUCAGGUAUGGAGAGAGGGAGGGAGGGAGAGACUGGCAUCGUUACACUGUCAGGUAUGGAGAGAGGGAGGGAGGGAGAGACUGGCAUCGUUACACUGUCAGGUAUGGAGAGAGGGAGGGAGGGAGAGACUGGCAUCGUUACACUGUCAGGUAUGGAGAGAGGGAGGGAGGGAGGGAGGGAGAGACAAAGAUGAGAAGGCAGAGAUCAAUUUAAUCUAUGAAUCAGAUAUUUAGGCCAAGCAACAUUUUGAGGCCAAGCAACUUUUUAUUAUCUUGGGAAAUUUGAGUGGCAGUGCCACCUAGUGGGCAAUGUUGGGGGCAAUCCUCCAAUCAGAGCGCAGAUAUUGGUCAUUAUUUAGCAAAGUGAGAUAUAAAAUAAACUCUGGGUUUGGAGUGAACUUUUGACUGAUGAUUUUCAGUACAGUGUUGGCAGUCAACAGGCAGUAACAUGCUAUAGAAGAUGGGUGAAUAACCCUUGACCAUCAUUGCACUGUGUCAUAUCCCAUUGCUCUGCUGUUGUAAUCACUCUGUAACGUUGUUGUCUGUGAUUGGCUCCCUUGGCGCAGACUUCCUGUUUUUCUGGGGCGUGGUGUUCCUGGUGUCAACCACGCUUGUGGCCGUUAUGAAGAAGGAGAACGCAAGGGGACAGCAUGGGAAUAGGAAGGUCCGGGAGGAGACGCAGAGCGUCAUGGAAACAUACAAGAUGCUGGUGUCCAUCAUCAAGAUGCCUGCUGUGUUCACCUUCUGUAGCCUGCUGCUCACUGCUAAGGUGCCUGCGAUACAGCUUACUGCACCUGACAUAUCUAUACAUGUCACCCAGUAUAGCUUACUGCAACUGACUUACCUGACAUAUCUAUACAUGUCACCCAGUAUAGCUUACUGCACCUGUAACUUAACCAGGCCAGACAAGCCCCCCGACUGUGGUCAUCCUGUGUAGCCUGUCGCUAAUUAACCAACCAACCUGGACAACUAACCUAACUCACCUGCUGUAUCUAACCCACUCGCUGGAAACGUACCCGUGGGACUUAGCAGUCUGUCUGUGUGUCUCCAGAUGGGCUUCUCUGCGGCAGACGCAGUGACGGGUCUGAAGCUGGUGGAGGCAGGUGUUCCUAAAGAGCAGCUGGCGUUACUGGCAGUCCCAAUGGUUCCACUACAAGUACUACUACCACUCAUCAUCAGUAAAUACACUGCAGGACCACGACCACUAGACGUCUUCUACAAGGCCUUUCCCUUCAGGUACACACACGCGCGCACACACACACACACACACAGAGAGAGAGAGACACACACACACUUCCUGUACAUUUGUGUUUGUGUGUGUAGGUUGUUGAUAGGUCUGGAGUAUGCCCUGUUGGUGUGGUGGACUCCCAGUUUAAAGCAGGAUGGAGGAUUCCCUCUCUACUACUAUGCUAUAGUACUGUUCAGUACGCACUGCAUCAGGUAACACUGCUCACACUCAAUCUAUCUCAUCUCUGUUCUCUCUCUCUGUCUCUAUUACCCUUUCUCUGUCUCUCUCUCUUACCUCUUACUCUUCUCUUAACUUUAACUACUGUCUCUACAACUCUCUUACCUUUUCUCUCUCUAUCUCUAUAUGUUUAUCUUACUUUCUGUCUCUAUUACAUUUAUCUGUCUCUCUCACAUUUCUCUGUCUAUCUCUAUUACCCUUCUCGUGUCUCUCUCUCUCUUACCUUUACUCUAUCUUCUAUUUCUCUCUCUCUCUCUUACCCUUUCUCUCUGUCUCUCUCUCUUACCCUUUCUCUGUCUCUUCUCUCUACCUUUCUAUGUCUCUCUUCUCUCUUAACAUUUUAUGCUCUCUCUCUUACCCUUUCUCUGUCUCUCUCUCUCUUACCCUUUCUAUGUCUCUCUCUUCUCUUCACCCUUUCUCUGCUCUCUCUCUUACCCUUUCUAUGUCUCUCUCUCUCUCUUUACCCUUUACUUGUCUCUCUUCUCUACCUUUCUGCUAUCUCUCUAACCCUUUCUCUGCUCUCUCUCUUAACCUUUCUAUGUCUCUCUCUCUUACCCUUUCUGUAUCUCUCUCUCUUACCCUUUCUCGUCUAUCUCUUACCUUUCUAUGUCUCUCUCUCUCUCUUACUUCUCUGUCUCUCUCUCUACCUUUCUCUGUCUCUUCUAUUACCUUUUGCUCUCUCUUACUCUUUCCUGUCUUGUCUACUUCUCUCUCUUACCCUUUGCUCUUCUCUCUUACCCUUUCUUGUCUUCUCUCUCUACUUCUCUACCCUUUCCUGUCUCUCUCUCUUCUUACCUUCUCUUCUCUCUCUACCCUUUCUUGUCUCUCUCUCUCUUACCCUUUCUGUCUCUCUCUCUUACCCUUCUUGUCUCUCUCUCUCUUACCCUUUCUUGUCUCUCUCUCUUACCCUUUCUCUGUCUCUCUCUCUUACCCUUUCUCUGCCUCUCUCUCUUACCCUUUCUCUGUCUCUCCUCUCUCUUACCCUUUCUCUGCUCUCUUCUCUUACCCUUUCUCUGUCUCUCUCUCUUACCCUUUCUCUGUCUCUCUCCUUACCCUUUUCUGUUCUCUCUCUCUACCCUUCUUUCUCUCUCUCUUACCUUUCUGUCUCUCUCUCUACCUUCUCUGUCUCUCUCUUUACCCUUUCUAUGUCUCUCUCUCCCUCUUUACCUUUUCUACUGUCUCUUCUCUCUCUUACCUUUCUGUCUCUCCUCUACCUUUUGUCUCUCUUACCCUUUCUCUGUCUCUCUCUCACCCUUCUUUCUCAUACCCUUUCUAUGUCCUCUCUCUCUUACCCUAUUCUCUGUCUCUCUCUCUACCCUUUCUCUGUCUCUCUCUCUAACCCUUCUUGUCUCUCUCUUCACCCUUUCUAGUCUCUCUCUUAACCAUUCUAUGUCUCUCUCUCUUACCCUUUCUCUGCUCUCUCUCUUACCCUUUCUAUGUCUCUCUCUCUCUUACCUUCUCUGUCUCCCCUCUCUCCCUUUCUCUGUCUCUCUCUACCCUUUUCUGUCUCUCUCUUACCCUUUCUCUGUCUCUCUCUCCUCUUACCCUUUCUAGUCUCUCUCUUACCCUUUCUUGUCUCUCUCUCUCUACCCUUUCUGUCUCUCUCUCUCUUACCCUUUCUCUGUCUCUCUCUCUCACCCUUUCUCUGCUCUCUCUCUUACCCUUUCUGUCUCUCUCUCUCUACCCUUUCUUGUCUCUCUCUCUCUCUUACCCUUUCUUGCUCUCUCUCACCUUCUCGUCUCUCUCACCCUUUCUCUGUCUCUCUCUCUUACCCUUUCUCUGUCUCUCUCUCCACCUUUCUGCUUCCUCUCUACCCUUUUUUGUCUCUCUCUCUCACCCUUUCUGUCUCUCUCUCUUACCCUUUAUAUCUCUCUCUCUCUUUACCCUUUCUAGUCUCCCCUACUCUCACCCUUUCUAUGUCUCUCUCUCACCCUUUCUCUGUCUCUCUCUCUCUUUACCCUUUCUCUGUCUCUCUCUCUCUUACCCUUUCUCGCUCUCUCUCUCUUACCCUUUCUAUGUCUCUCUCUCUACCCUUUCUCUGUCUCUCUCUCUACCCUUUCUGUCUCUCUCUCUUCCCUUUCUGUCUCUCUCUCUUACCCUUUCUCUGUCUCUCUCUUACCCUUUCUUGUCUCUCUCUCUUACCCUUUCUGUCUCUCUCUCUUACCCUUUCUCUGUCUCUCUCUCUCUUACCCUUUCUCUGUCUCUCUCUCUUACCCUUUAUGUCUUCUCUCCCCUUAAACCUUCUCUGUCUCUCUCUCUUACCCUUUCUCUGCUCUCUCUUUACCCUUUCUCUGUCUCUCUCUCUCUUACCCUUUCUGUCUCUCCUCUCUUACCCUUUCUCUGUCUCUCUCUUACCCUUUCUCUGUCUCUCUCUCUUACCCUUUCUCUGUCUCUCUCUCUUACCCUUUCUCUGCUCUCUCUCUCUCACCCGUUCUCUCGCUCGCUCUGUUACCCUUUCUCUGUUCUCUCUCAAUGUGAAAUUAGGCAGUAUAAAUCCACUUGAUCCAGCUUGGGACACUAUACACUUACAUUUUCUCAAAUUCCUGCCUUUCCCCUCCUUACCCACAGGUGGCGCUGUACAGCAUGUAUGUGGCCUGUAUGGCUUUCCAUGCUAAAGUGAGUGACCCAGUGAUUGGUGGGACCUACAUGACCCUGCUGAACACUGUCACCAACCUGGGGGGAAACUGGCCCUCCACCCUGGCACUGUGGAUGGUCGACCCACUCACCUCUAAGGAGUGCCAGGGAGCUGCUGGGCAGAAUUGUGGCUCCCCAGAGGAGACGGGGGUAAGUGGGAGAGAGAAUUACCUGACCGUUAUCCCAUUGUAAUGUCGUAGUCCAUUGAAUAGCUAUUAUGUGAAUUCUGUGGAAACACUUCUCCCCCCCCCCCCUACAGAUGUGUGUUAAGGAGGGCGGUCUGUGUGUGACGUCGUUGGAUGGUUACUAUGUGGAGUCGGUGGUGUGUGUGGUGAUAGGACUAGCGUGGUGGGUGUGGCUAGGGAAGAGGAUGAGAAGGCUACAGGACCAGAACCCUGCAGCGUGGAGGUGCAGGAUCGGCCAAUGACAUUCACCCAGCUCCUGACCUGCACAACCCCUUCCUCACCCCAGCAAGGCCGAUCACCAGACUGCUACAGUCUGAUAUCAAAGCUUCUGUCAGCAGCCUCUGUCCCUGGCACGAACCUCACUGGAAAUCAUCUGUUCUCUCUCUCUCUUUUCUCAUUUCUGUUUGUCUGUCUUCCUCUGACUCUCUUUAUUUAUCUUGUCUGUCUCAUGUGUCUCUCCUCUUCUCUCUCUCCUCUUCUCUCUACUCUCUAUUCUCUCAUCAUCUUUUCUCUCUCAGCUAUUUUCCUCUCUUUCUCUACUCUCUUCUUAUCU